AUGAACAAGCCAUAUCAGUGUUCAGAGUGUGGAAAGAGUUUCACUCAUACUGGUGACCUUACAGUACACCAGCGUGUUCACACAGGAGAGAAGCCAUAUCACUGUUCAGAGUGUGGGAAGAGUUUUUCUCAUCAGACUACACUUCAACAACACCAGCGUAUUCACACAGGAGAAAAACCAUAUUACUGCUCAGAGUGUGGGAGGAGUUUUGCUCAACAGGUUAUCCUCCAACAACACCAGCGUAUUCACACAGGAGAGAAACCAUAUCACUGCUUAGAGUGUGGAAAGAGUUUUGCUUACAGUAAUGCUCUUAAAGUACACCAGCGUAUUCACACAGGAGAGAAACCGUAUAACUGCACAGAGUGUGGAAAGAGUUUUACUCAAAGUAAUGCCCUUAAAGUACACCAGCGUAUUCACACAGGAGAGAAACCAUAUCACUGCGCUGAGUGUGGAAACAGUUUUGCUGAACGUAGUACACUUCAAAAACACCAGCGUAUUCACACAGGAGAGAAACCGUAUUACUGCACUGAGUGUGGAAAGAGUUUUGCUGAACAUAGUACCCUUCGAAAACACCAGCGAAUUCACAAAAAAGAGAAGCCAUAUAACUGCACAGAGUGUGGAAAGAGUUUUACUCAAAGUAAUGCCCUUAAAGUACACCAGCGUAUUCACACAGGAGAGAAACCAUAUCACUGCGCUGAGUGUGGAAACAGUUUUGCUGAACAUGGUAGCCUUCAAAACCACCAGCGUAUUCACACAGGAGAGAAACCAUAUCACUGCACCGAGUGUGGAAAGAGUUUUACUCAAAGUAAUGCCCUUAAAGUA